AUCCUUGAAGUCUUCAACCUUGACACGACAAACAAACCGGACAGAACAGUCAAGCCAAAUCACGCGAAUCCAUCCAUCGAAUCGUAGCCCGGUCAGGUGUUUAAGUUUUGUUCCUUCAAGGCUAUAAGAAACAAUCAAGAAAACAUCAUGUCUCAAGAUAUCGACACCCCCACACCCACCGGCGAAGAGCAGCUGACUGGCCAGACGCCCAAUGUGACCGAAACAAGCAUCAAAAGCCCAACCUACAGCGACCACUCCAACAUAAUCAUCAACCAGUUCUUGAUAUCCCCUUUAGCUGUUCACGACCAAGUCAAUCCACGCAAGCCGAUCCUAGCCUUUGAUGGGUCCAACUACUCGCUCUGGCAGGCGGCCAUCGACCGAACCCUGCGCCACAUCUCGGGCAAGGAAGGGCCAUUUGUGUCGAACCUUGCCAGCUUCACCGUCCUGCCUGAGCCGCAAAGCCGCUCGAUCGAGAUCGUGAUCCGGAACACGAUCGACUCAAAUUUGCUCGACAUCAUCGACUCACGCAAGAUCCAAGGCCCUAAAGAGAUCUGCGAGCUGCUCACCCAAAAGUGUCAGCCCAUGGACCGCAGACGCAAGUUGAACUUCGUCGAGCAGCUCAUGGCUCUCAUGCGUCGCAAGAGCGUGGUCAGCGAACACUGGAUCGUCGACUGGCACAAGAUCUACUCCGAAUUGAACCAGCUCAACAUCUCCCGAGACGAGUUGAUUGGGCUGCUCUUCCAAGCCAGCCUCAACCUCCCAGAAGGAAUCGACCCGGUCACCUUCGACUACCUCACCAACCAACGCCUCGAAGCCCAUGUCAACCCGUCCUUCGACAAGGUCUCUACCGUCCUCUCUACCACCCUCUUCGACCUGCGCGUGAACGUCGACAAGAAGAACGCGAACGCGCACGAUGAUGAGCAAGAGAAGGAGGCGGGGGAUGUGUCGAUGGACGAAGACGGCUCAGACAGUGAAGUCCAGGAGGCCGACUCGAAAGGCCGCAGAGGAUCGAUGUGCGAUUACUGUCAAGACGAGAUCUGGGACGAGAUGUCCCCCGACAAGGAAAACCCGAGCGAUCUCGAGGACUCCGACCUCGAAUACGUCCCCCCUAACCGAACUCAGGCCGCCGAUAAAGCCGACAAAACGACCCCCACAGACGAUCUUCCGGCUGCUGCGCAGGUCAAGCCGCUCCCUUUGAAUACCCUCUUGGCUCAGUCCUCCAGAGCUCGUCCAAGUCAAUGACCGUCUCACUACCUCAAUAUUUCGAUUAUGUAUCUUGGUCGUUACAAGAAAGGAGGGGACGAAGACAUGGUUGGAGAUAGCAACACUGCUACAAUUAUCCCUUCUCAUUCUCAUAUUGCUAGUGUCUCUUUGGAAAAGAUUACAAGGAGCACACGAAUCGGUUCAGAUCAAUCAAGAUCUAGAGCUGCUAUACCAUCAACUAUCCAGUGACCUGUUCUUGGGUUUUUUUUAUUGGUUUGCAUUCUUUGCUCAUGUAGUCUCCCCUUCGAUAUAAAAAACGAAUCGAAUACCCUUUGUAGUGACUCAUUUCAUCUUAGUAUCAGAUCAAGCUGUUGUUGUUUUUUUGUUAUGAACAUCGAACUCGUGAAGCUUGGUUAGCUUUGUAGAGCAUUUCUUGUUGUCUCGGUCCGAAUCCUUGAUCAUAUCUAGGUUGUUGGACGGUCUGUUUUUUUUUUUUUCAGGGUUGGUAAGGUAUUGCAUUGAAUUUGAGAGAACAAAUGUGGCUGCAAAA